GACCGGCGAGAAAGCCCUGCCUCAUAUAUCCCCUGUAGUAUUCCAUUUCGGCGAAAACCCCGGAUUCCGAUCCCGCAACCUGCCUCUUCUCCCCACCAUAGGCAAGCCUGACUCAAGGCAAGAAUACGGAAAAAAUCUUUUACAUGCGCAGCCAGCCCUAGACCCGUCGCAGCACGACAUCGAGUCUCUUCGACGUUCGUGCUCUGAGUUUGCCACUGCAGAAUAUUCACGCGGAAGCCACGACGCAGACGAACAACGUAAGGGCAUUGUAGGUAAUGAGCCCAGGAGUUCCUCACCGGAAGCGGGGACUCUGAUCCCGGUGACGACAUGGAUGCCAGUGCUUGAUACAGGAAUAUUAAGUGCUCUUAUUUUGGGGAUUAUGCAUCUCACACUACCUGCACCGGCAGCGCGAAGACCGGGAAACGCAUCGCUCCAGGCUGUCCUCACUUCCGCUGCAACCCGCCCCAGUAUAUCUGGCAGUGCGGCAACAAACCAGCCAGCAGAUAGGAGGGGACGAUAAAACAAUCUCGCGACAGCACGGAUGAAAAACAUCCUUGUGAAUGGCUGUACCAGCAACAAACAGUCGCACGUUCAGAUAGCAGCAGGCUCAUGGUUUUCCUUUCUUCGGCAAGAUCUUGGCCGAAGAAAACUAACAAAUGUCACUGGGGAAUCUCUCUCUCGGUCUCGUACCUCGCCUGGAGAUCCCAUCUUCACUUGGAGGGGCUUGCCUGUGCCAGGGAUAUCUACCGCGUCUAGGAAUAUCCAGGCUUGCUUAACGAGUGAAUUUCAUUCCCCGCUUUUCGGGCACAACUGAAUACAGACACGAUAACUAUUCCGCCCACUUCGUCGAUCAACGAGACAGUUUAUAGUGUCUGGAGCAAAUAGCCGGCGACAGUCGCACGUGAUGACUCAGCUUGAGGUCAAAAGAAGCAACUGAGAAGGCGCAUCGCUCACCAGUUUCC